GCUCGCCGCGAUUAUUGCAACUAUACGCGCCACCUAGUGCACGCACACACAGUUGGCAACGCUCAGCCGUUCGUCAGCACGCCUCACCGCAACUCAGCGAGCCAGGAACGCCGGGAAACGCGUCCAGCAAGUGCUGUGUAAUCCAUACACAUACAGCCAUCCUCGUCGUACGCGACGAGCUAGACCAAAGCACUCCUCAGAGUCGACGACAGCAUCGAAACGAACAGCAAAAUGGCGAAAGACAAAGUACCAGUAACAAUCUUGACCGGCUUCCUCGGCUCGGGCAAGACGACGCUGCUGAACCACAUCUUGACCGCCCAACAUGGCAAGAAGAUUGCGGUGAUUGAGAACGAGUUCGGCGAAGUUGGUAUUGAUGACGCCCUCAUAAAACCGAAGCUCAAGACGGAUACUGAAGAAGACGUCAUCGAGAUGAUGAACGGCUGCAUCUGCUGCACCGUGCGCCAGGAUCUGGUGGAAGUGUUGAAGAAGCUGGCUAAACGAAGCGAGAAGGGCCUCAAGUUAGAUGCCAUCGUGAUUGAGACCACUGGAUUAGCCGAUCCGGCGCCCGUCGCGCAGACGUUUUUUGUGGACGACGACGUCAAGGAGUUCUGCACGCUCGAUGGCAUCAUCACGUUGGUCGACGCGAAGCACGUCGUGCAGCACCUCGACGAUGAGAAGCCCGAGGGUGCCGAGAACGAAGCGGUGGAACAAGUAGCCUUCGCCGAUCGGUUGAUCCUCAAUAAAUGUGAUUUAGUACCUGAAGAAGCGGAACUCAAGAAGGUCGAAGAUAGAUUAAGGGCCAUCAACAAGUUCGCGCCGAUUGUUCGUUCUACGCAAGCGAAAGUUUCGGCAGACCAAGUCCUGAACAUCAAGGCCUUCGACCUCGAAAAGACCCUAGAGAUGGACCCCGAGUUCCUCAACACCGAGGGCGAGCACGAGCACGACGCGACAGUAACUUCGGUGGGAAUUACAGUCGACGGCGAGGUCGACCUCGGCAAGUUCAACGCCUGGCUCGAGCCCAUCGUCACGGAGAAAGGAGUCGAUAUAUAUCGAAUGAAGGGCGUCAUCGCCAUCUACGGGGACCCGAACAAGUACGUUUAUCAUGCGGUGCACAUGAUCUUUAGCGGCGCCUACACGGACCCCUGGGGGGAUGAAGAAAGGUGCUGCAAGCUCAUGUUCAUCGGCAAGAACCUCGACAAGGAGGAGCUGGAGCGGGGCUUCGAGGCGUGCCGCGUCGAGGGGAGCGCGGCCAAGAAGCAGAAGACGUCGGCGUAG